ACCACCCGCCAGGGGUCCUGAAAACAACAGUCGAGGCGUCAGCUGGGAAGGUGCAAAAGAAUUUGUAAAGGGACCAAAAACCUUUACGCUGUUCAUGUGUCAGAGAAAACCUUUGCACUAGAGGUAAGGCAUGACUGUUGGAUAGGUAGUGAGCUUGAGGAGACCAGCUGUAGCGCCGCAGGGGUGACCAAAGCUGCGCAAAUCACAGGAAGAGGUGCACCUACAGCUACUCAGGAUCUGUAACUGACGACAAGCUUCAAGAAGAGCCUGCUAGUGUUAAUAUCGUGGACGACAGUAUAAGGAUCAUGGUUACGGAGGAAGCGGGUCCCAUACCAAAAAUCAAGAUAAUGAAAAUCAAGAAAAACAAAAUGAAAAAGUCUAAAAAGAAGUUAAAGAAAGGAUUAGAGAAUCAAGAUUCAGAGAGCGAGAUUGAUAACUUGGAUUUGAGUCAGAAGCUGUAUCCACUCUCUCACUAUGUAUCUGACCAAGAGGAGCUUGUCAAUCAAAUGUUGGCAACAAUACGAGGGUCCAAGCUAGAGGCAAUGCUUCCACCAGUGCUCAGGAGCAUUCCACUGAAGGAGCUGAAGAAGCUCUGCCUUCAUGAGUUACGUGGAAUGAGCAAGAAGCGCAUUCUCUGUUGCAUUAAUGGUGUGGUGAUGGAGGGGUCAUCUGGUAGUGAAGAAGAUGAAGAGGAGGAGAAGGCAGAGGAGCACCUAACAAAUGAGGAAACUAGCACUCAAGACAAUACCACAAGGGAUGAAAAGAGAAAGUGUAAUGAGCAGACACCUGAGGCAUUCCUACUGAAGAAAAUCAAGGUGGAGCCAGGCCUGGAAGAUACAACAGAAGGGCAAAGUCCUGAUACGGGCAAGAGUGUUCUGGAACUUCUUGAGCUAGAGAUGAGAGCUCGGAUCAUCAAGACAAUGCUGGAGAAGGGCGACGAGGGAAAGAAAAUAGCAGAAGAUGCAAUAGCAGCAGUCAUGCAGAGUGCAAAGCAAAUAACAAAGGAAGGUAACCAAAUGAUGAGUGAGAUAGAGACGGUGGGUGUGGAAGGUGAGGCAGUAAUGGCUGAUGCAAAGGAUAACUUGCAGCAAAAGGUCAUAGGGGAUGAGGUAAGUAAUGAAGGCAGGAAAGGGGAGAGAGUUAGUAUCAGUAAAGAUGGAAGGUCCAGUCGCAGAAGACAUCAUAGGUCAAGAGGAGAUGAGAGGCGGAAGGACAUGAGGCGAGGUCGAGACAAGAGAGACAGAAGCCACAGUGAUAAGAGUGAUUGUGGCCAUGGGAAGAGAUCAAAGGAAAGAACAAAUUCAGAUAGACAUGUACAAAAGAAAAAGAAAAUCACCCGAAAAGAAUUUGAAGAGCGUAUGAAACGUGCCAAGAAAAAUAGAACUUAUCGCCAACGUAAACCUUCAGAAGACGAAGAGAAAGCAAAAGAAAAAGAUGAGCCUGAACCAAAGAUAGAUGAGAUAAAUAAAGAUCAAGAAAAGGGGGAAGUAGAGUCAUCGAAAGGUGAUGCUGAAGGAGGAGAAGCUUCUCAGAGCAAACCUACUGUGGAAGCUGUUGGUGAAGUCUCGGAGAAGGAAGAAGGUGAGCUAGACAGCAAUGAGGAAGAGGAGGGAGCUUGUACACCUAGUGAUGUUUCCAGUGCAAGCAGCUAUUAUUCUUCAUCACCAAGUAGCUGGAAGAAGAGCUAUAGUAGCAGAAGCAGGUCCAAAAGUUAUAGCAGAAGUCGUUCAAGAAGUCCAGGUAAGAGGAGGAGGAGGAGGAGCUACACUCGAAGUCGCACAAAAUCGAAGAGUCAAGAAAGGAAGAGCAAAAAUGAUGGAAAACGAUAUUAUGAACGAAUGAAGAAAGAGCCAGUUAAAGGUGACAGCAUAGGCAAAAGAAGUACUGCAAAAGUUCCUCCAGUAAAUCCCAAAGAUAAUAAAGAGGAAGAGGAAAACUGGGGGCAAAAGUGUGAUAUUGAGUUUGUUGAUUCAGAAGAAGACUUUGAUGAUAAUCCUGACAUAGUUAAGGAGACUGUUGGCACAAAGCCUCCAUCAGUAGUCAAGGGUCAAGUAAUAGAGCGAGCCAGCAUUAGCUUCUCGUUCCAGAGGAAACCAGGACCAAAUAUAGCCCCAAGUGUAGAUUUGGAUGACUUGCCUUUGAAGCAGGCUCGAAACAAUAAGAGAGUUGAUGAAAUUUCAUCAGAAAUUGGAAUAACUGCAGUAACUACAUCCAAUAAGAAAGCAACUGAAGAAAUUGUUAUAAGCUCAGACAGUGAAUCAGAAAAGCAAAUUAUGUCUGUAACAGCCUCAUCUACAAGAAAUAAGAGAGUUGUAGAAAUACCCAAGCAGAUAAAUCCUAAACAAACACAUCCUCUUCGCAAGAGGAAUAGUGUCACAAAAUUACAACCAAAAUCAAAGAUUCAAGAGGAUAUGGAAAAUAAGACGAAGGGUUAUGUUGCAGACUGCCUUGCAACAGAAAGACAGGAUCAAAUUAUAGAUAGUGAAGCUCUGAAAAAGUUGAAGAAAGAUGAUAUUGGUGUUAAAGUGUCUAAUACUAAGGUGCACAAACAAAAGCAAAAUAAACUUAAGGUAGACAUAGAGAAAACUGGAGAAAGCCAAAGAACAAUGCAGGAGCCUAAAGUUCACAAUGAGGCUGCAGGUAAGAUUCAAAUGAAAAUUCAGGCAGGAGACAAGGGUGCAUUAGAUGUAGCCAAGAUCAGUAAUGAUGAUACACACACACAGUUGGGUGGAUUGAUGAGUAUGGAGGUGAAGUGUUAUGAAGAAACAGUAUUGAAAGACAGUGAUAAGCUUAACAAUUUUCAGAUAAUGGAAAAUCCUGAUGUUGCAACAAUAAAUGAGCAAGUGAAACAUGGAGAUGCUGUAAUCAGCCAGAGUUGCACAUUGGAAGUGAUGCCAGAGUUAUCGCACAGCAUUUCUAAAUUAAUAAGCAAGGAAGAAAACCAUAAUUUAGAUAACAUAAAUAAUACAUCAAAAGAUGAGACAACAAUGGAUGGUGCAAAGGAAGUGUGUGAGGCAUACAAUAAAAGCAUUACCCAAGAUGAUGACUUGUGUGACUAUGGCAUGAUAUGUGAAGCAAGUAAAGAUCAUGUUGCAAAAAUUGAUAAUGAAGGACCCGAGCAGCAAGAAGUUGCCUUGGAAAUGCAUGAAAGUGUUUCAUUAGUUAAAGUAAUGGAAAAGAGUCUAAAUCAAGAUCAAAAUAAUGUUGAAGGACUUGAAGACAGAAUGAGUGAAGCAACACCAGAUAGUCUAAGCAAAGGCUGCAUAGCACAGGAGAUGCAGGAAAUAGAUAAAAGUGGUAGUAAUACAUCUGAGCAAUGUUUACUGACAGAGCUUGAAAAACUGACAGUUUGUGAAGAUGAUGAUGAUGGCAAAAUGGAGACAAGUGUAAAUAUUGAAGACAGUAAAGAUGAGCAGUUUACAGAAGAUUGUUAUGACGAGGAAGAGCAUCUAGCUUUGAGUGAAGAUGAUAAACAUAGUGAUAUGGACAAUAUUAAGCAAUAUGUAAAAGAUGAUAUUCCAGUUGAGCCAAUUAGGAUUGAGACGGGGCUGAUUCGCAAGCGUGUAUUGCGGCAACAGAAGGUAGAGAUGACAGUACCAGGCAUAUCAUGGACUAAAAGAGAGAGAAAGAAAAAAGAAAAAUCAAGAGAUACCCUUGUUAUGGAGGGAAUUGGAUUCUUAAAAAAAUCACUCUCUGAAAAUGCACAGAGUUCUCCAUUAAGGGAAAAUGAAGAAGCAUCAUUAGAAACAAAUAGAUCCAGUGAAAGACUGGAAAUGGAGGAAACAGUGAGCAGUGGUGUAGCCUCAGCAAGUGAGACAGAUAAUUCAUUACUGGCAGAGGACAAUGCACCUACCUCUUCCAACUUACAGUCCCCCAAAGAUACUCGGGGACCCUCCCCAGAUGUUGCAAGUUAUGAAGAGUAUGAACCAAAAUCAGAUGAAAAAAUCCAGAAGAAAAUUGGCCAAGAAACUGAAAUUAUUGGAGUUAUUGAAACCAGUAAAGAUUCGAGUUCAGACACUUUUGAUGACAUUGAAUUGGGAGGAUCAAGUUGGAGUAUGAGAUGGCUUCAAAGUGAAAAAGUUCAAAAAGUUGUCACAAGUAGUAAGAUGUUAAGCAGAGUACGCAAGAAGUUCCAGAAGAGGGAAAAAGCCACGAAGGUGGUAACAGAGAAGGUGGAAGAACCUCAGAAGAAGACAUCGGAGCCUUUUGUCCCAGUUAUUGGCAGCAUUGAGGAGUAUGAGCGACUUUUUGGUAUGACGAUUAAGAAGGAUGCAGAGGAAGCAUCCAACUCUCCUAGCCCAGCAUUGCAGGUUACAGUGGGGCAAGUAGAACAGACCAGCCAACCUAUUGCUGAACAGGACAAUGUGUCUGACCCAAGCAAAGUUGUUCCUUGCACAGUUGUCCCAACCUUUGGAUCAGAUGAUGAAGGUGAAGACAGUGAGGAAGAAGCUCUUUGGUCCAAGAUCUUGGGAAAACGAUGAUAAACGAGACUGGUAAACCUACGGUAAUGGUGCUUCAUUUAGAAACAAUAAAUGAAGGACAAUACAAGUGUUAAUUGUUGACAUUUUUGCAACGUGUAAAUAGUUAAGUAUGUAAAAAUAAAUAUGCGUGCUGAUAAUAUUGCUUCCUGAAACUUAAGCUUUAUAAAUAAAUAUUUAAACAGUAAAAUUUUAUUUAAAA